AUGCUGCUCACGUUCCUCGAAAAGCUCCCGCUGAGCCAGAGCGGCAAAGUGUUCGUCGGCACGUCGCUCUGUCUCGCCAUCUGCGCGUACCCCAUUGUCCAGAAGCAACGCAAAGCGGGCCACGACCUCUUCUCUUCCGAGCAACCGCAAGCUAUCGUGGACCAGGAGGUCAGGGCCCGUCGGGAGAAGCUCAAUAUCAAGUAA